AUGUCGGGCGCAUCCCCGACAAGACCGACCCGGCGGGCCACCAGACGCACCGCAAUCAUCGACUCUGACGAUGAGGAUGACCUCGUCUCCAACCGCUCCAAGAUUCAAGAGGAGGAAGAGGACUAUGAGCCAGAGCCGCAAAAAAGUCCUCGACGACAAACACGAGGUGGACGCAAGUCGUCAACUCCUGCUGCCGCACCCAAAGCACGAGGCCGUCCCCGCAAGAGUGCCGCCUCCACCGCCUCGAUCGAGCCCAGCGAGGUGUUUGAUGCCGACUCGACGAUCAAGCCUGAACCAGAGUCUGCGAAGAAGCCUGCGCCCCGGAAGCGCAAGAGCGCAUCCACGAGAAGCUCGAUCGGAUCCAUCCCCGACCUUCCUCCUCCCACACCGCAAGCCGGCUCCCCAGAGACCUCGAGGAUAGAAGCGUCCCAGGCGGACACUUCAACAUCCAGUGUGAAUACUACGACCGUCGAUGAUACCCAGGCUACCAUCAAGCCUAUCAAGCCCAUGGACACCAUUAUGGAAAAGCCCAUGGACAUUGUACUCAAGUCACGGACUGUGACUAUACCCAUGGUGGAGGACACAACACCCAAGGCCCGGAUUGUUUUGACGCACCUCAUCUUGAACAACUUCAAGAGUUAUGCCGGUAGACAAGAAGUCGGUCCCUUCCAUGCGUCCUUCUCUUCCGUCGUUGGCCCCAACGGUUCUGGCAAGUCCAACGUUAUCGACUCGCUUCUCUUCGUCUUUGGUUUCCGAGCCAGCAAGAUGCGACAAGGCAAGAUUUCAGCCCUUAUUCACAACUCUGCUCAGCACCCCAACUUGGAGUACUGCGAGGUUGCCGUUCACUUCCAGGAGGUCAUGGAUCAGCCUGGUGGUGGCCACGAGAUUAUUCCUGAUUCCGAACUCAUUAUCUCACGAAAAGCGUUCCGAAACAACUCGAGCAAAUACUACAUCAACGGCAAGGAAUCCAACUUUACCACAGUCACCACUCUUCUCAAAGACCGAGGCGUCGAUCUAGACCACAAGCGAUUCCUAAUUCUUCAGGGUGAAGUCGAGUCGAUUGCUCAGAUGAAGCCCAAGGCUGCAAACGAGCAUGAUGACGGCCUCCUCGAGUACCUCGAAGACAUUAUCGGAACCUCCAAGUACAAGACACCAAUCGAAGAAUCCGCUGCCGAAGUCGAGACCCUAAACGACGUUUGCAUGGAGAAGAGUGGUCGAGUUCAGCACGUCGAGAAGGAAAAGAACAGCCUCGAGGACAAGAAGGAUAAGGCAAUUGCCUACAUCCGGGAUGAAAACGACCUGGCCAUGAAGCAGUCUGCGCUUUACCAGCUCUUCCUUCACAAGUGCAGCGAAAAUGUUGCCGUGACUCAGGAAGCCAUCAGCCAGAUGCAAGCUCAGCUCGACGCCGAGCUUGAGAAGCACCACGGCAGUGAGCAGAUCAUCAAGAGCCUCGAAAGUGCGCACACCAAGGGUGCUAAGGAGUUUGAGGCCCAAGAGAAGCAAACCCAGGCUCUCGUCAAAGAGAUGUCCAAGUUUGAGCAAGAGCGCGUCAAGUUCGACGAAAAGCGAAAGUUCUUGGAGGACAAGCGCAAGAAGCUUGAGAAGACCCUCGCCAACGCUGAAACAACAUCUGCUGAAGCCGACGAGACCAUUGAGUCAUGCGGAGAGGAAAUUGAAAUCCGAACUCAGGCGAUCGGCGAGCUUGAGGAACAAAUUCAAACCGCUGAAGCUGAACUCGCCAAGAUCCGUGACAGCUUGAAGGGCAAGACUCAAGCUUUCUCUGACCAAAUCGCCGCCCUCCAAAAGUCUCUGGAGCCUUGGAUGGAAAAGAUCAACCAGAAGCAGUCGGGAAUUGCUGUCGCAGAGAGUGAGCUCAGCAUUCUCCAGGAGAAGGCCAAUGCUGGUGCUGUCGCUUUGGAAGAGCUUGAGGCCAAGAUUGUCUCGAUUGAGGAGAACAAGGCCGCCAAGAAGAAGGAGCUUAAGUCUUGCCAAGCGGAAAAGGCCGAGCUUAUGAAGGAGGCCGCCAAGAUGGAGUCUGAGUUGCAGGUCCUUUCCCAACAGGAGCCCAAGAUUCGCUCCAAGAUCUCCAACGCGCGCCAAAAGGCCGACGAAGCUCGUUCAAGCUUGUCUAACACGCAGGCUCGAGGCAACGUCCUCUCUGCGCUAAUGCGUAUGAAGGAGUCUGGCCGUAUUGACGGCUUCCAUGGACGCCUAGGUAACCUUGGUACCAUUGAUCAAAAGUAUGAUGUCGCCAUCUCAACAGCCUGUGGUGCCCUUGACAACUUUGUCACCGAGACUGUCGAGGCUGGUCAGCAGUGUAUCGAGUAUCUCCGAAAGAACAACGUUGGACGGGGCAACUUCAUCUGCUUGGACAAGCUGAGAGUUCGAGACCUGUCACCUAUUCAAACCCCUGAGAACGCCCCUCGUCUGUUUGAUCUUGUCCAAGCCAAGGAGGACAAGUUCCGGCCCGCCUUCUACCACGCCAUGCAAGACACCCUCGUCGCUACAGACCUCGCCCAGGCGAACAGAAUCGCAUAUGGCGCAAAGCGAUGGCGUGUCGUCACUCUUGACGGAGAACUCAUCGACAAGUCUGGUACUAUGUCGGGUGGUGGUACAACUGUCAAGAGAGGCCUCAUGUCUUCUAAGCUCGUCUCAGAUGUGAGCAAUGACCAGGUCGCCAAGCUUGAGAGUGAUCGCGAUGGAUGGGAGGCCAAGUUCCAGGAGUUCCAAGAAUACCAGCGAGAAUGUGAGACUCGCCUCCGAGAGCUGAACGAGCAGAUCCCUCAGCUCGACACCAAGAUGCAGAAGCUCAACCUUGAAAUCGAGAGCGCCGAAAGGAACAUCGCCGACCUUCAGCGACGCAUCAAGGAGGUCAGCAAGGAGCACCAGCCCUCGGCCACUGACAACAGCCGCAUUGCGGCUCUGCAGAAGGAGAUCGCCAAGCUCAACAAGGAGGUCGAGAGACUUCACGAUGAGACCUCCAGCGUGGAAGAGGAGAUCAAGGCUCUGCAGGACAAGAUCAUGGAGGUGGGAGGUGAGAAGCUUCGCGCGCAGCGAACCAAGGUUGAUGCCAUCAAGGAGGAGAUUUCAUCCAACAAUGAGGAAAUUUCCAACGCCGAGGUUCGCAAGGUUAAGGCUGAGAAGCAAAAGAUCAAGCUCGAAAAGGACCAAGCAAAGUCCACCAAAGAACUCGAGGCAGCCGCCCGUGACCUGGAGAAGCUUGAGAACGACAUCAACAACCAGGGCGAGAUUGCUGAGCAGCUUCAGGCCCAAGUUGAGGAGUCUGAGCAGGGCCUAGCCGCCAAGAAGAAGGAGCUCAAGUCACUUAAGAAAGAGUUGGAUGAGAAGACGGAUGAACUCAAUGAGACAAGGGCGGUUGAGAUUGAGAUGCGCAACAAGCUAGAGGAGAACCAGAAGGUUCUUAUUGAGAACCAAAGACGACUCCGCCAUUGGGACGACAAGCUGUCCAAGCUUGUCCUUCAGAACAUCGACGACCUCAUUGGCGGUUCUUCAAGCCAGUCCAGGUCUCGGCCGAAGGUCAAGCCGCAACCGAGCGACGAUGAAGACGUGGAUAUGGAUGACGCUCCUCAGGAAGACGAGGAAGGCGAAGAGGAAGAGGAGGAAGAUGAGGAGGAGCACAACGGCCAACCUAGCGAGCUUCCCCGGUAUACUCCCGACGAGCUUGCUGACAUGCGGGAGGAGACACUCAAGGGCGAGAUUGCUGCUCUAGAAGAAAAGACACAGAACGUCAAUGUCGACCUAAGCGUCCUUUCGGAAUACCGAAGACGUGUGGAAGAGCAUGCGGCUCGUUCUUCGGACCUGCAGUCUGCCAUUGCACAGCGGGAUGUGGCCAAGAAGCGGUGCGACGAUCUUCGGCGCCUGCGGCUGGAAGGUUUCAUGGAAGGUUUCAGUGCCAUCUCCCUCAGGCUGAAGGAGAUGUAUCAGAUGAUUACAAUGGGAGGAAACGCGGAGCUGGAGCUGGUGGACAGCCUGGACCCCUUCAGCGAGGGCAUCUUGUUCAGUGUGAUGCCGCCCAAGAAGAGCUGGAAGAACAUCAGCAACCUUUCCGGUGGAGAGAAGACGCUGAGCAGUUUGGCGUUGGUGUUUGCCCUGCACCACUACAAGCCAACACCACUGUAUGUCAUGGACGAGAUCGAUGCUGCGUUGGAUUUCAGAAACGUCUCGAUCGUUGCCAAUUACAUCAAGGAGCGUACCAAGAACGCCCAGUUCAUUGUCAUUUCGCUGCGCAACAACAUGUUUGAGCUUGCGGCGCGGCUGGUCGGAGUGUACAAGGUCAAUCAUAUGACCAAGAGUACCCCAAGGACAACAGCAACGAGCCCAGGGGAUUAA